CAAGAUCCGGGCAUCGCGGCUCCAUCGCCGUCAGAGCAGCGAUAUGUCUGAUCUGACUGGAGCGCAAGACCUGCUUGGGAUUGACAGCGACAGCGAGCUGGAAAAGGAGUACAUGCAAGGAUGGGCUGCUCAGGCCAUGCAGCGACCCCCAACCGCCGAACAUACACCGAUGCAUGGCACCUCUUGGAGCGAUACCGACGACGACGGCCUUGGCUCUGCUGAUCAGUUGCGGCAAUCGGCCAGGCGGGGCGUGUACCGCGUAAACGACCAGACGUGGAACCGGGCUCUUUCGAUGAUUGGGGUCUCGCAGCCAGAGUCGCUUGAGAGUUCCAGCUCAGAAACCGAAAGCAUUGGCUACAGCGGCCGUGGCAGCAGCACUGUUGCCGAAAACCGCUCGGCUUGCAUGAUGGGCGUGACCACAGGCAAUCUCCCAUCUCAGUACCGACGGGAUGUUUAGCCCCAGGAUCAUGUUUGAGCGCAAGCGCCGUGCAGACAAGAUCCGCGAGUUCUUUGGGAGGGCGGGUAGUGACAGCUAUGCCGAGUCCGGCAGCAAGAGCACUGCUCAAUCGCUUGCCACUGCAUCUCCAAGCCUCGGAUCAACUACUGGCAAGCCAUCGGUCGACCAGGGCCUUUCCAGCGAGCAGCGCAAUCUGCUGGUCAGACGGCGUCGCAAGCUGAAAGCCAUGCUGGGCGAUCAUGUGGAGGACAGCGUCAUUACCACCGCAUCUAUGAUUACACCUGCUGCAGCGACAAUCGAUAGCAGCGGCGAUGAGUCAGCACCACCUGUGUCGGAGAGGAGCUUGCGUGUAGCCAGCCCUGCAACCGCCUUGCCUACGCCAGAAGCGUCGGCCCCGUCAUCGAUUGGGUCAGAGAACGUAGACUUUGAGCUGCGCGAUGCACAGAUCCGCCAGUUCACAAAGAUCCGCGAGGUGCUAGGCGAGGCUGCUCCUCAGCCCCUGCUAUACAGCAUCAAGACAAAGCGCGGGCACUCUAUCUGUAUGCACGAGUCGCUGGUGCAGUCAUCGGAUGUUGUAAAUGCUGAAGCACCCGUGUCCCAUCGCAUGCGCAGCCGCAUUCGCUGGCAGCGCAAUAAGCUUAUGCGCGUAUUGGGAGACGUGCCAUCAUCAUUCACUUCAUCAUAUGCUACCAAUGCACCUGACAACGACGAUCUGAGCGGAGUUUCAGAGUCAGAGGUCGAGGACGCAGUAAAGAAGUCGACGCGGCAGCAACGGACGCGUGCCAAGAAGCUGCGCCAGUUUUUUGGCCAGAGCCUAGCGCCGGAUGCUGUCAUGCUCCAAAAUUUUACUAGGGCCAACCGACAUCUAGAGUCUUUAGCAGAAGAUGCCGAGGGCGACGCGGCAGCCGACGAGUCGUAUGCAUCUGCUCCGCUACGAAGUCCAGACACCAGUGUAUCGCCACCGCCUAUGCUAGUCGAUAGUCCACAGCAGCAACAGCAGCACCACAUAUCUGCUCCAACUGGUAGUAGUAGUGGUCAGUGGCUCAGCAACGGUGCAGACAAAACAUCACAUGUACCGUCUGAUCUUGGGGGUUCCGGCAGCACUAGUUUUGAUGGAGUCAAGCCUGAUACAGGCGGUUUCGCCCAUGAGCCAGCCCACCAGCUUCCACCACCUUUGCCGCCGCAGUUUCCGCAGAUUCUCCCUGAUCUUGUUGGAACCCCCGAGAGCGGAGAGUCAUUUCCGCGCCCGAUCCGAGCUCAGUUUUGGAUGACAUCCAGCCCCGAGUCCCAAGCAAGCACGGUUGCGUCACAGGAGAAGGCAAAGCGCCGUACCAGCCUGAUGUCACAUCUGAGGGCCCGUAAGGCGUCGAUUAUCGGCUCGAUUAUGCGCGCAACGCCGUCAGCCAGCUCGCUACAUCAUGGUCUCGGUCGGGACACACCCACCAGCACAUUGCGUCUGCGCGCUUCAACGCAUAGUUCCACCGACUCAUUCGAUCUGCCACGAAACAAGCGCCAUUCCAGCCUCUCGCUUCCGCCCUCGGCAAUAGGCGCCACGAGCCGGCUGAACUUUCUGUCCCGCAAACUGGGCAGGGUGCCAGUCUCGCCAGGCGCAUGCUCGGCAAGGAUCGCCAGCGUCUACGUCUAGUAGCUUCACGCCUAUGCUGAAUGAGGCAAGGCUCUGGAUUCAGC